GCAAGCUGUUUUCGUAAACAAAGAAACGUCAAAAAUUUACAAUUCUUGCAACUUUUGCAAUCAUUUUCGUUUUGUGAAAUUAAAUUGGGAGAAUUUUCAAACGUUAAGCAAUCGUUCUCAAUAUUUUCGAUUCACCAAGUUAACAAACGCUCGCCAGGAGAAGCUCGCCAGCAACUUUCCAAGAUGUCGAUGCGUCCGGAUGACCACCGUCGCAAAUGGGACCGGAAGGAGUACGAGCGGUUGGCCCAGGAGCGUCUGCUGGACAGCACGAAAAGCACCACCGAAGAUGAGGAACCCAUCACGAAGGAGCUGCUAAAGCAGCGGGAGUACAAGGUCGACCUGGACUCGAAGCUGGGCAAGAGCAUGGUCAUCAACAAGAGCACCCCGUCGUCCCAGUCCGGCGGCUACUACUGCAACGUGUGCGAUUGCGUCGUCAAGGACUCGAUCAACUUCCUGGACCACAUCAACGGCAAGAAGCACCAGCGCAACCUCGGCAUGUCCAUGAAGGUGGAGCGCAGCUCGCUCGACCAGGUCAAGGAGCGGUUCAAGGUUAACAAGAAGAAAACCGAGGAGAAAAAAAAGGACUACGAGCUCGAGAGCCGCGUCAAGGAGGCCAAAGAGGAGGAGGAGCGCUACCGCGAGUACAAGCGCGAAAAGAGGAAAGAACGCAAGCGGAAGAUCGAGGAGGUGGACGACGCCGACGCGGGCCCCUCCGAGCUGGCCGCCGUGAUGGGCUUUGCCGGGUUUGGCGGGUCGAAGAAGUAGGAACGCUUGAAAACAAAACAACAAAAGUCUAGUAUUAACGUUACUCAAUGAAACAACAACAAAAAACUAUUUUUACACAAUACACCUACACCGAUACCGCAAACCAAGGCUAACAAUCUUUAAACUGACAAGAAAAAUUAAGCAACUCGAAGCAAAACUAACCAACCAGAAUAACGUAUUUAUAUUUAUUGAUGUGGAAGCUCCGUGGACAAGAUUCGUAGUUUGAGGGGGCGCAAAUCAACCUACAACAACACAUCUUAAUCAGAAUAUCUCUAAGUGUAUUCACUGCAUUAGUUAUUACGGCGUGACAAAGGUUUGAAGCCCCCGAACGGAGGUGGAAAAUGAUAGGAAAAAUAAAUAUAUUAGAAGGCCUGCCAGAAA